UUUUGAUUUAAACCUCAGUCAUCGCAGAUAACGCAUGACGAAACAGCUAUCACAUAUCUCCACCCACAAAUCUACAUCAACAUUUACCAUGGUUCUACGGCAUUCCAUCAUUGUCAUGAUACUUAUUGCAAUUUCUCUCGGCGCUGCGGACCAAAAUGUCACAAUCCAUACACAACUUGGCAAUGUAACCGGUCUUAUCAAAUCUACACCCAAUGGAGAAAUCUAUAGAUUUACGGGAAUUCCUUUCGGCAAAGCGCCGGUCGGAAGCCAACGUUUCCGAAAACCGCAACCUUUCGGUGUUUGGAACGAAACCCUUGAUGCGACCAAAUUUGGACCUGCGUGCAUGCAAUCAUAUCCCAUCUACGAUAAUGACUUAUCUGAGGACUGCCUUCAGUUGAAUAUCUAUGUUCCCUUUAAUGUUUCAAAGGACGCACAGCGGACUGUGAUGGUGUUCAUACACGGUGGUGGAUACAUGGCAGGUUCAGGUAUUUCAUACGAUGGUUCAAGAAUAGCCUCCAAUGGAAACGUUAUCGUGGUCACAAUUAAUUACCGACUGGGUAUGUUUGGGUUCCCAUCUUUAAAAAACUCCGAUGUAGAUGAAAAUGUCGCAAUAUGGGAUCAAAUGUUAGCUUUGAAUUGGAUCAAAGAAAAUAUCGAGGACUAUGGUGGAAAUUCUUUCGAUGUCACAAUAUUUGGACAAUCAGCAGGCGGAUUUUCCGUGAAUUUACUCAUGCUGAUACCGCGUAACAAAGGCCUGUUCCACCGCGCAAUUAUUGAAAGUGGCGCAACAAACUCCCCCAUGGCCUUCAAAACCUCCUCUACCGUAGGACGUACAAUAGGAGAAAACGCAGGAUGUAACCAACUAAAUCAAACAAAAUUCUUGCAAUGUUUGCGCAGUUUGAAUGCUGAUGUCAUCGUAAACAAAACCGUCGAGUAUUCUGCAAAUCCUGGUUUUGAUGUUUUCUCGGAACUCGUCUGGACGCCUGUACUUGAUGGUGACUUAUUCAAAAGAACCCCUGUAGAAUUACUUCAACAUAAGUCUUCGGAAGAAUUUAACUUCUUUGAGUCGAUCGACAUGAUAACGGGUACCUGCGAUAUGGAGGGGGCAUUUGUUAUCACCGCUGGUAGCAUUUACCAAAAGCAAUUUCAUUUCAACAUGUCUGAUGGAAUUCCAAAACAAUUUCUUUGCAGUGGAAUGAUACCAAACUUUGUUCGGAUUUACUUUAAAAAUAGUUCCUCGAUUUCCGAUUCGAUAUGUCAACAGUACUCAAGUGAAGACAAAACAACUCAAAGUUUGAAUGUUAUCCAUUUCCAGACGGAUGUGAGUUUCUUCGUCCCAGCUGCAGUCUCGUCAAAGGCCCAUGCUUCCAACAGAAAAUCCAACACCUACCAGUUUAUAUUUUCGGAGGACAUACGAUUCUAUUAUCGAAAUUUUCCGGAUUGGUUUCACGGUGCCGGGCAUGGAAAUGAAUUAACAUUUUUGUUUGAUACUAGAAAUAUGUUGGCCAGGAAUUUUUCUCUAUCCACAAAUCAGACGGCCUUCGCGUUGCAGCUGAUCAAAUACUGGACAAAUUUUGCCAAAACUGGAAAUCCCAAUGGGCCUGGUUUGACGGAAUGGCUGCCCUACGAUAUUGAUACAGGAGCAUACAAGCAACUCAGCAUUUCGAAUAUGACAAAUGAAUACCAUUACAGAGAGGACUAUGUGAAAUUUUGGGAAUCUAUUAAUGCUUUUGAUUCCUUAACCUCAGCAGCUGUAAAUAAGCAAUCUGUACUUCACAUAUUUGUUAUCAUGCUUGUUUUCGCUAUGAAAAUGUCGUCUUCAAUCUUAUGUAGCAUCAUGGCUCUACGGCAUUCCAUCAUUGUCAUGAUACUUAUUGCAAUUUCUCUCGGCGCUGCGGACCAAAAUGUCACAAUCCAUACACAACUUGGCAAUGUAACCGGUCUUAUCAAAUCUACACCCAAUGGAGAAAUCUAUAGAUUUACGGGAAUUCCUUUCGGCAAAGCGCCGGUCGGAAGCCAACGUUUCCGAAAACCGCUACCUUACGGUGUUUGGAACGAAUCCCUUGAUGCGACCAAAUUUGGACCUGCGUGCAUGCAAUCAUAUCCCAUCUACGAUAAUGACUUAUCUGAGGACUGCCUUCAGUUGAAUAUAUAUGUUCCCUAUAAUGUGUCACAGGAAGCACUGCGGACAGUUAUGGUGUAUAUUCACGGUGGUGGAUACAUGACAGGUUCAGGUAUUUCUUACGAUGGUUCAAAAAUAGCCUUCAAUGGAAACGUUAUCGUGGUCACAAUUAAUUACCGACUGGGAAUGUUUGGGUUCCCAUCUUUGCAAAACUACGAUGCAGAUGAAAAUGUUGAAAUAUGGGAUCAGAUGUUAGCUUUGAAUUGGAUCAAAGAAAAUAUCGAGGACUAUGGUGGAAAUUCUUCCGAUGUCACAAUAUUUGGACAAUCAGCAGGCGGAUUUUCCGUGAAUUUACUCAUGCUGAUACCGCGUAACAAAGGUCUGUUCCACCGCGCAAUUAUUGAAAGUGGCACAGCAAACUCCUUACCGGCCUUCAAAAACUUCUCUACCGUAGGACGUACAAUAGGAGAAAACGCAGGAUGUAAGCAACUAGAUCAAACAAAAUUCCUGCAAUGCUUGCGCAGUUUGAAUGCCGAUGUCAUCGUAAACAAAACCGUCGAAUAUUCUGCCACUACUGGUAUUGAUGUUUUCUCUGAAAUCGUUUUAACGCCUGUACUUGAUGGUGACUUAUUCAAAAGAACGCCUAUAGAAUUAAUUCAAGAUAAGUCCUCGGAAGAAUUUCACUUCUUUGAGUCGAUCGACAUGAUAGUGGGUAACUGUGACAUGGAAGGGGCAUACGUUGUCCCUCUUGGUAGCAUGUUCCAAAACCAAUUUCAUUUCAACAUGACUGAUGGAAUUCCAAAACGAUUUCUUUGCAAUGGAAUAAUACCAAACUUAGUUCGGAUUUACUUUAAGAAUAGUUCCUCUAUUUCCGAUUUGAUAUGUCAACAGUACUCAAGUGAAGACAAAACAACUCAAAGUUUGAACGUUGUUCAUUUCCUGACGGACUCUGUUUUCAUUGCUCCAGCUGCAAUCUCAUUACAGGUCCAUGCUUCCAACAGAAAAUCCAGCACCUACCAGUUUAUAUUUUCGGAGGACAUACGAGUCUUUUAUCCAAAUUUUCCGGAUUGGUUUCACGGUGCAGGACAUGCAAAUGAAUUAGCAUUUUUGUUUGAUGCUAGAAAUUUGAUGGCUACGAAUUUUUCUCUAUCCACAAAUCAGACGGCCUUCGCCUUGCAGCUUAUCAAAUACUGGACAAAUUUUGCCAAAACUGGAAAUCCCAAUGGGCCUGGUUUGACGAAAUGGCUGCCCUACCAUAGUGAUACAGGAUCAUACAAGCAACUCAGCAUUUCGAAUAUGACAAAUGGAAACCAUUAUAGACAGGACUAUGUGAAAUUUUGGGAAUCUAUUAAUGCUUUUGAUUCCUUAACCUCAGCAGCUGUAAAUAAGCAAUCUGUACUCCACAUAUUUGUUAUCAUGCUUGUUGUCGCUAUGAAAACGUCUUCGUUAAUCUUAAGAUUUCCUGUGUAGCUACUGAGGUAGUUGUUAAAAGUUUUAUUAUGAAGUAAAGCGUCCAUCAAUUGUC